AUGUUUUUAUUUCGUCUUCUUUCUUUUUUGAUUAUCCUAAUCUUAAUCUUUUUUUUUUCCAUUUCAUUCCUUUUUUUUCUUUCUCUUUUUUCAUUUUUUGUACUUAUUCAUCUUUUAUAUCUUUUCUUCUCUUUCUCUGUCUCUUUCACUUCCCUUUAUUCUCUUCUUAAUCUUUUCACUUUUCUUUUUCCUUCCAUCACUUUUUUGUCAUUCCCUUUUUAUAUCCUCGUCUUUUUUUUUUACUUUUCAUCGUUUUUCUACAUGAGUUUCUUGUCUCCCGCAUUCUCUUACUUUCUCUUUAUUUUCUUCUUUUCUUGCUAUUUUCUUUCUUUCUUUCUUUUCCCGCGUUUGUUUCUCUCUUUUCUUUCUUUCUUUCUUUCUUUCUUUCUUUUCUUUCUUUCUUUCUUUCUUUCUUUCUUUCUUUCUUUCUUCCUUCUCUAUUCUCUCAUUUUCUUUCAUGCUUUCUUUCUCGCUAUCCUUUUCUCAACUUCCCUUAUUUUCUUUCAUUCUUUCUUUCUUUCUUUCUUUCUUUCUUUCUUUCUUUCUUUCUUUCUUUCUUUCUUUCUUCUCUAUUCUCUCAUUUUCUUUCAUGCUUUCUUUCUCGCUAUCCUUUUCUCAACUUCCCUUAUUUUCUUUUUUUUUUCUUUCUUUCUUUCUUUCUUUCUUUCUUUCUCUAUUCUCUCAUUUUCUUUCAUGCUUUCCUUCUCCUUAUCCUUUUCUCAACUUCCCUUAUUUUCUUUUCAUUCUUUCUUUCUUUCUUUCUUUCUUUCUUUCUUUCUUUCUUUCUUUCUUUCUUUCUUUCUUCUCUAUUCUCUCAUUCUCUUUCAUGCUUUCUUUCUCGCUAUCCUUUUCUCAACUUCCCUUAUUUUCUUUCUUUCUUUCUUUCUUUCUUUCUUUCUUUCUUCCUUCUCUAUUCUCUCAUUUUCUUUCAUGCUUUCUUUCUCGCUAUCCUUUUCUCAACUUCCCUUAUUUUCUUUCUUUCUUUCUUUCUUUCUUUCUUUCUUUCUUUCUUUCUUUCUUCUCUAUUCUCUCAUUUUCUUUCAUGCUUUCUUUCUCGCUAUCCUUUUCUCAACUUCCCUUAUUUUCUUUCAUUCUUUCUUUCUUUCUUUCUUUCUUUCUUCUCUAUUCUCUCAUUCUCUUUCAUGCUUUCUUUCUCGCUAUCCUUUUCUCAACUUCCCUUAUUUUCUUUCUUUCUUUCUUUCUUUCUUUCUUUCUUUCUUUCUUCCUUCUCUAUUCUCUCAUUUUCUUUCAAGCUUUCUUUCUCGCUAUCCUUUUCUCAACUUCCCUUAUUUUCUUUCAUUCUUUCUUUCUUUCUUUCUUUCUUUCUUUCUUUCUUUCUUUCUUUUCUUUUCUUUUCUCUCAUUUUCGUUCAUGAUUUCUUUCUUGCUAUCCUUUUCUCAACUUCCCUUAUUUUCUUUCAUUCUUUCUUUCUUUCUUUCUUUCUUUCUUUUUCUCUAUUCUCUCAUUUUCUUUCAUGCUUUCUUUCUCGCUAUCCUUUUCUCAACUUCCCUUAUUUUCUUUCAUUCUUUCUUUCUUUCUUUCUUUCUUUCUUUCUUCUCUAUUCUCUCAUUUUCUUUCAUGCUUUCUUUCUCGCUAUCCUUUUCUCAACUUCCCUUAUUUUCUUUUUUUCUUUCUUUCUUUCUUUCUUUCUUUCUUUCUUUCUUUCUUUCUUUCUUCUCUAUUCUCUCAUUUUCUUUCAUGCUUUCUUUCUCGCUAUCCUUUUCUCAACUUCCUUAUUUUCUUUCUUUCUUUCUUUCUUUCUUUCUUUCUUUCUUCUCUAUUCUCUCAUUCUCUUUCAUUUUCUUUCUCGCUAUCCUUUUCUCAACUUCCCUUAUUUUCUUUCUUUCUUUCUUUCUUUCCCUUCUCUAUUCUCUCAUUUUCUUUCAUUCUUUCUUUCUCCUUUAUCCUUUUCUCAACUUCCCUUAUUUUCUUUCAUUCAUUCUUUCUUUCUUUCUUUCUUUCUUUCUUUCUUUCUUCUCUAUUCUCUCAUUUUCUUUCAUGCUUUCUUUCUCGCUAUCCUUUUCUCAACUUCCCUUAUUUUCUUUUUUUCUUUCUUUCUUUCUUUCUUUCUCUUUCUUUCUUUCUUUCUUUCUUUCUUUCUUUCUUUCUUUCUUUCUUCUCUAUUCUCUCAUUUUCUUUCAUGCUUUCUUUCUCGCUAUCCUUUUCUCAACUACCCUUAUUUUCUUUCUUUCUUUCUUUUUAUCUUUCUUUUUAUCUUCAGACAUUUUUCUUUUAAGAUUUUUCAAAAGGGACGAAAGAAAGGAGGAAAGGAAAAACUUUUUUUCUCUUCUUUCUUGCUUCUUUUCAUUUUUAUUCCUCUUUCUUUACUGA